GUAGAUCUCGUCGAGUAAUUUUCAUCAAGCCUGCAUGUGGUAUAAUUGUUCAUGCGUCAGAUUAUUUAUGGCGAAGAUCCCGAUCGUCUCUCAGUGGACUCCUGACGUCGAGUCCUAACGAGCAGGAGUUGAGCAGCCCUUUUAUCAAAUGCAAAAAUGUCUUGGUCUGGAAGGUUGGAACUUGUGAUGCUAACUUUGGACUCCAAAAAAAUUUGUAUUGCAUGACCAGCAAGACAAGUCUAGUUGCAGUUUGUGCUUAUGCAAAAUAUGAAUGACAGGUCUCAGAAUCUUCCAGACCCCGACGUUUUUGCAUUUGAUAACUCUUUGACACGAACCGAUCAGACGUCCAUCGCGGGUGGGACCUUCUUUCAAAGCGGAAACGUCAGAGUUUUCGGCGGGCUUACGCUGAACAGCGGAGAUGCAGUUUCACGCAGCAUAUUCAGCCGCAUAUAGGAGGGCAUGGCGCAGAUUCAGGCAGUACCAGGACGACGCCGAGAAGCGGAGAACUUACGACGCGCUAUUUAAAAC